AUAAAUUAUAAAAACAUACUUGGUUCACCCUGAUCUAAAUACCAAGGAGCUUUAGAAAUAUAUUGAGGGAUAUGAGGGUUUAUAUCAUUCCCUAACUCAUCCUUGAGGGCGGGAACAGUACCAGCCCUCCGGGCUUCAUCCAACUCACGGUCCCGCUUCAAGCUUUCCCUUGAUUUGGAAUUUAUUAAACUCAUUGUUAAAUUUUACACUACAUUUUAAAAUGUAUAAACUAAAUAUACUCAAGAUAUAAAUUGUUAGGCUAACCAAAUAUAACAAAUGCUGAACAUAAUAUUAAACAUUAUAAACUUUAAUUAAGUUCCAUAUUUUAAAAUGGAUUUAUUUAAGAUGAUUAAUUGGAAAUAAUUGAUCAAGAAGUGUAAGAAAUAAGUUAGGAAUCCAUAAUGUGUUAUUAAAUGAAAAUAAUCAAUAUUCUAUAGAAUAUUAUAUAUAAAAUUGUUAUAUAGAUUGAAAAUCUUAAUUUAAUAAAUAAUUGACUAAAAUGCAAAUUUUAUGCUCACUGGCACCGGUAACCCAAGAGAUAAAUGAAUUAAAUAUAAAAACAAUCAGUACUAUCCCGAUUCCUUUCCAUAUAAAAACAUACUUAUAAAACAUGUUAUUGAAAUAUAUAAAGACAAAAUGUGUAGCCUUUAAACUGCAUAAGUUAUAUCUGGGGGAUUAGGACCACAAAGAAGGAUAAGAUACUUAAAUUUCUGGCCUUAAUAUUAAGUGAUAUAGGCAUAACAUGUGCCUAUAAGUGUUUUGUAUAUUAUACUUUGACAUUUUUUAAUACUUUUGACUGUGUAUUUAAAAAUUGAUACACAUUUAUUCAUAAUUGAAAAUGUAUUAAACUUUUAAAUUUUCUCUCUUUUAAUGUAAAAUAUUCCCUUUAAUUUAAUGUAAUUUCGUUUGUUUAAUAAUCUUUCAUAUCGCACCUUAAUAUUUGUCGGUAAAAUGGGAAAUCAAGGCCAGCUUCUGAGCUUCUGCUCCAUGAUUUCCACAGCAAAAAAUAAAGGGACCCUUUUAAGAAAUGUAGCUCUCGUAAUUACUGUUUAUAUGUAUGCCGGAGUCAUGUUCAUACUCUUGAGGCAUUUUUUUGAAGAUUUAACCCUCUAUGGACUCGGUAUUAUUGGUGGAUUCAACCUACUCUUCUUUCUAUUCUUCAUCAGCUUCAUUCGAUCUGCCGUGACGGAUCCUGGUGUUGUUCCAUUGAAUUGGGGGUUUUAUAUGGGUGAUGAUACAAAGAGGAGAAGGUAUUGCAAAAUUUGCAAUGUUUGGAAACCUGACAGGACACACCACUGUUCCUCAUGUAACCGAUGUGUUUUAAAUAUGGACCACCACUGCCCCUGGAUUGGAAAUUGUGUUGGAUUCUAUAACCGUAAAUAUUUCAUGCAACUCUUAGUGUACUCAAUUUUCGCACUUGGUUUUACCCUUUUACAAUCAGUAUUAUACUUGUAUAAUGAGACCAUUGAGAAUUCGAUGGACGAAUUUGAUGAAGUCGGCCCAAAGGCCGUCUCUUACAUUUACGUUUGUGGUAUGAUCUUUAUCGGACUUGCCCUUAUUAUUGCUCUCAUUCCAUUCUUACAAUUCCACUUCAAAUUAGUAUUGAGGAACUCGACAACGAUAGAGAAUUUGGACGAUUCUAACAAGGAUUCGGGGAUUUAUGACAUGGGGGUCGGUGCUAAUUUACAACAAGUUUUCGGUGCGAACCCGCUUUGUUGGUUCGCUCCUUGUAACCUGCCUCUAAAUAGACCUGUUGGUGACGGUGUAAGAUGGUCUCAGUAUUGUUACAAUCCAAUACCUGAUAAAGUUUAA